GCAUGCGCGUUUAAGAUCGAGGCGAGGACAAAUCCGGUAGUGCAACGUCAUCUGACAACAACACGGCUGCGGAGGCGGCUGUUGUAUUUUUAUAAAGAUGGUUUACGUGUCAAAUGGUCAGGUUCUAGACAGCAGGGCACAGUCACCAUGGAGACUGUCCCUGCUGGUGGAUCUCUUUUGGGGAGCAGUGGAGUUCUUUGGCUUGUUCUUUAAAUCGAUUAUCGACCCUGAUCUGACAAAGGAUGGACGCAGUAGUUCCACGCGUUUCUCAGAUGGCAGAGGUCCCCCAGGUCCACCUGGUGGUCGGAGAAGGAUUGGCAGAAUAAACCACGGAGGAGGCCCAAGUGCUCCCCCAAUGGGUGGAGGAGGAUGAGGAAGGUAA